AUGUCACUUCUUUACAAAGGAUCACGUGUUAUGACUCAGUCGCUUCGCGCUAGCGUACGCCAUAUGUCUAGCGCUAGCGAGCAGGAGGCGAAAGAACAAAUGCACCGAUGGACGACCAUUUCUAAGGUCAUGAUUGGUCUCACGGCUGUGUAUACAGUCUACGCCAUUGGUGAUCACCUGAGCCACGAGCACCAUGACGAGGAGAAGCCGGAAUAUUCGUACCUUAAAAUGCGUACCAAGCCCUUUCCAUGGCCGGAAUCAAACUGUGACUUUCUAGAUCGAGAGUGUCGUGCCAAGGCUCGCGAGGCCAAGAAGGCUCUGAAGGAAGCAAGUAUUAAUUAUCCUAUUAAGCGGUCAAAAAUGGCUACUUCACCUCUUGUGACGCACUGCAUUGCCCAGCGUCAACCUGAUCCUGGCGAACCAACGUGUGUGAUUUGCGGUCGAUUUGGUGCCUACGUUUGCGAUGCGACAGACCAAGACGUUUGCAGUCUUGAAUGUCGCGAUAUCUGUAUAGAUAGACUCAGUUCUACUACUAACGAGCUACAACAGCAACAAUUACAGCAACUUCAAUGGUCGAAUGAACUUCGAAGGACGUUGGGCAUUCAAAUCUCAGCUGGAUCAGCUGCUGAGACUGUUGAUAGCGGAAAACAUUUGUGGCCGACUCCAAUCGUGGACUUUAUGGAACAGCAACAAGUCAUUGGACUACCAAAGGAACUAGUAAACAAUCUUAUUGGACACAAAUUCGAUAAGCCGACACCUGUCCAGAUGCAGGCGAUUCCUUGUGUGUUGCAAGGACACCAUGUCUUGGUGAGUGCUCCUACUGGAACGGGAAAGACAGCGUCAUACUUGAUUCCUGCGAUUGCGCAGGUUUUGCGUGCCAGAAAAGAGAAGGAGGAGAUUGUGGCGUUGAUUCUAGCGCCAGUUCGGGAGCUGGCAAUUCAGAUUGAGACAGUGGCCAAGUUGUUGAUGCGGGGAAUUUUUAAUAUGAAGACGGCACUUUUGGUGGGUGGGUUUCCUGUUCCGACACAACGCUAUCGUCUUCAAGGUGGAAUUCAGUUGAUUGUAGCAACCCCUGGUCGUUUUUUGGACAUUUGUACAAAGUAUAGCGGCAGUGACUCAAUUCUCUUGACUAUUCGAACCUGUGUGAUUGAUGAGGUGGAUAUCAUGCUAGACGUUGGUUUUCGAGCGCAGAUUUCGCAAAUUGUGGCGUUAUUUGCUGCAUUUGCCGGAAAACAACAUAAUGACGUCCAACUGCUCUUCUUUAGCGCAACAAUAUCGGACGAGGUUGAAACAUUGGUGCGGCAGAUUUUACAGCUCCAAAGCAAACAAGCCUACAUUCGCAUUGAUAUUCGAGGUAAUGGUUGCGAUAGCAAUACUCGGACGCCAAGUAUUUCCUUAAACUCUAGUGUUAGCCAACAGCUCCGGUGGGUGGAAGAAAAGGAAAAGAAAAACGAGCUGAUCAAGUUUUUGAAAGGAAAAGAAGAAGAGUCAACGCUCGUCUUUGUAGGAUCAAAGCUUGGUGCGACUUUGCUAGCAAAAAUGAUUGAUAAACGUUGCGGAAUUGGUGCAGCGGCGAUUCAUGCAGACAGAUCCCAGCAAGAGCGAAUUUGUCUGCUCGAGGCUUUCGUAAAUUUGGAAAUUCCUGUUCUCGUGUCCACAAAUGUGCUGAGCCGCGGCAUGAAUCUAUUAAACGUUGAAAACGUGGUAGUAUAUGACUUUCCCAAGAAAAUUACGGAGUACGUUCAUCUCAUUGGACGAGCCGGGCGUGGAGGCGAUGUGACUGGAAACGCUCUCACGCUCUUGAAUCAGGAAGACCGCCCGCUUUUUCGGGAGCUAGUCCCUUUGUUGCGUCAGGCUAACAUAAAAGUGCCCCGAGAGGUGUAUCAGAGCAUCCAUGCUGAAAACGCGAAGAAGCGUGGUCAUUCCAAUCAAACUGUGAUCGAUGAAUCGAAGCGUGCUUUUCGAAUUCGAAAGCAUAUAAUGGGCAACACAAGCAAGGUAGCAUUUGAGUGGAAAGAAUGGGAUAAGCAAAGCAACAAGCUGCAGAAGCUGUGUCGUGACAAACAAGCAACGAAAGAGGAAGGAUGUCGAUGA